AGUGUGCGUGUUGCUGCAGCCCGAGUUGAAAAAGAGAGCCAGUGUAUUUGUUGUUCUCGAUUGGUCAUGACUUAAUGCACUUUAGCGUGGAUAACCAGAGCCGCCGUAAAGAUUCACUGAUCCGUAUCGCAGAGGUAAGUAAAUAUGUCAACUUUGUGGGGCAAAUAUUUGUACCCGUUACAUGUCUGUGAAUAAAUAUGUUUUAAUAUAAUCAAGGGUUUACAAAAACAUCUGUGGCAUUUAAAGUCUAGAAACGCACACCCAAUAAUAAUUUGAUUCGAAGCCCCCUCUAAGAAGUAUUUUUUCUCAACUGUAUUAUUUUUAGAGGGGAAAAAAAACAGUCGAGUUUCAGCUGUGGAACCACAAACUUCCACAAAAAUCUUGUCAGGAAUUAUUGAUAUUGAAGCAUAGGCAUGAGGAGGAGAUUGAUCAAAAUCCUACCAUCUGAAAUAAAUUAAACUUGCACUUAUUCAAUCAUUGUUCUUGUUUACGGAAUAGGAAGAAGAAAUACUCGUUUUUUUAAAUAUAUAUAUGUGACUAAUUGGUUAUUUCAAAUGUGACGGUUUAUAUCAAAUGGGACUGUUUAUUUCAAAUGUGAAUGUUUAUUUCAAAUGUGACUGUUUAUUUCAAAUGGGACUGUUUAUUUCAAAUGGGACUGUUUAUUUCAAAUGGGACUGUUUAUUUCAAAUGGGACUAUUUAUUUCAAAUGGGACUGUUUAUUUCAAAUGGGACUAAUUAGUUAUUUCAUAUGGGACUAUUUCUUUUAAAUUAGACUAAUUAGUUAUUUCAAAUGUAACUGAUUUGUUAUUUCAAAUGUGACUAUUUAUUUCAAACUAGAAUAAAUGACCCAAUGUUAUCGGGAUAAUAAUGGUAGGUCCUUUGCGAUAAUUUCUAACUGCUAAUACAAAAACUCAUUCCAAUUCUUAACUUUAAAAAUGUAAUGAUAUUUACGUUUCUAACAUCAAUAAGUUUUGAGAAAUGUUUAUCUUCUAUAUAUGUUACGCGUAUCCUACAUCCUUUCACGCUCCUAUACUACGUUUUCUUCUCUAAACAUGACCUUAAAUUACUCAGUCUAAAUUAUUACUAAUUAUAUCACUUUUGUCACUAAAGAAAUCAAUUGUAUGACAUUUACUACGCUAGAGAAAUAAUUUAGAUUUACCCCUUUUCUUGCUCUUGAAUUACAACUUUUUUGUCUCAAAAUUGUUCAAAAGCUAAUCUAAAAUUUACAACAAAAAUUUUAUGUAUGAUAUAAAUAUAUUUUGUAUUACAGGAAUUCGAUUUAUAUUGAUAUCUUCAUCAAAAAUUUACACAUACUUUUGCCUUUUUAAAAAAGUGUACACUAUCAGAAAAUCGUAACACAAAGAAUUCUUUAUCUAAGGAGAAUCUCGCAAUUGUUUUGUACGCCUAUAUGAGAUUUUACUGUCUUGAACAAAAAUUAAAUUAUUGCUCUCAUAAAAAUACACACCUCUUUACUUUUUGCAAAGGAACAACAAAAUAUAUUUUCAUUUUUUUUUAAAGAAACAUUAACCCAUCUUCAUUUGUAAAAAAAAAAAAAUUUUAAGUGUGUAAAAUUAUUGGGUUUUGAGAUUCAUUGAUAUACUUAUAUAAAAGUACACACGAUUUAUGAACGCCAUUGAUUUUCUUAAUUUGUAAAUAUAUGUUUAUUUGCAAAAAGAGAAUUUAACAUAUCUUUUUUUACAAAAAUAAUACCAUAGGAUUUAAACAUAUUGUCAUCCACUUAAAAAUGUACACAAUCCUUUUUCCUGUCUCCGAUAUGUAUGCACCCAAGAAGGCUUAUUAUUAAUUAAAUAAAUUCCUUUAUUUUGGGACGUAUCUUGUAUUGCAUUGGGCAAAAUGAACAUACAAAUACAUUAUUAAAAAUAGAAUAUAACAUCUCUUUUUCGUAAAUGUGAUAUCAUAGGAUUUAAAUAUAUUGUCAUCCACAUAAAAAUGGACACAUCGUAUUUCCUACCUCCGAUAUUAAUGUACCCAAGAAAAUUAAUUAUUUAUCAUAUUCAGUCCUUCAUUUUGAGGGUUAUCUUGUGCUGCCUUGAGGAAAAUGAACUUACAAAUAUUUGUAAAAAGAGAAUGUAACAUCUCUUUUUUUCACAAAUGUAAUAGGAUUUAAGUAAAUUGUCAUCCACUUAAGAAUGUAAACACCCUUUUCCUAUCUCCGAUGUGUAUGUACCCAAGAAGGUUUAUUAUUAAUCAAAUUAAUUCCUUUAUUUUAAGACGUAUCUUGUAUUUCCUUGGGCAAAAUGAACAUACCAAAAUUUUUUUUAAAAAAGAAUGCAUAUUCUCUUUUUUCACAAAUGUAAUACCAUAGGAUUUAAAUACAUUGUCAUCCACGUAAAAAUGUACACAUCCUAUUUCCUACAUCCAAAAUAUUAUCUACCCAAGAAGAUUAAUUAUUUAUAAUUAAAACAUUUUUUAAAAAUUUUUGACGUAUCUUUUGCUGCCUUGGACAAAAUGAACAUACCAAUGUUUGUAAAAAGGGAAUGUAGCAUCUCUUUGUUUCACAAAUGAGAUACAAUAGGAUUUAAAUUCACGUAAAAAUGUACACAUCCUAUUUCCUACCUCCGAUAUGUAUGUACCCAAGAAGGUUAAUUAUUUAUCGUAAUCAUUUUUUUUUUAUUUUGAGAGUUAUCUUGUUCUGAUGUGAGCACAAUUAACAUACACAUAUUUGUAAAAAGAGAAUGCAAAUUCUCUUUUUUCACAAAUUUAAUACCAUAGGAUUUAAAUAUAUUGUCAUCCACGUAAAAAUGUACACACCCUUUUUCCUAUUUCCGAUUUGUAUGUACCCAAGAAGGUUAAUUAAUAAUCAAAUUAAUUCAUUUAUUUUGAGACGCAUCUUGUAUUGCCUUCGGCAAAACAAACAUACUCAUAUAUUAUUAAAAAGAGAAUGCAAAAUCUAUUUUUUACAAAAGUAGUACCAUAGGAUUUAAAUAUUUUUUCAUCCUCGUAAAAAUAUACAUAUCCUAUUUCCUACCUCUGAUAUGUAUGUACCUAUAAAGGUUAAUUAUUUUUCAAAAUGAUUCCUUUAUUUUGAGACGUAUCUUGUGCUGCCUGGGGCAAAGUUACCAACCACUCCCCCACCCAGAUUUAAAUAAAUUUAGAAAAUCCUCCACCGGAUUGUAGUCCAUUCCAUACCCAAACUAACAUCUUUAGCACUUCGUUCUUAUUAGUAUGAGGUAUAACUGUAUUAGUGAAUGCUAUUUAGCUAUGGACUUUCGCCGCACUCAUUUACGUAAACCGCAUUUUCUUAUUAGAAUUAUAUUUAAAGUUUAGUUUUUAUUACGUUAUAAACUUAAUAAAAGUAUAUUUUUGGAAUCAAAAUAGGCAAAACAUUUUAAAUGUAAAAAUAUACAAAGCAAAAAUGUAUAUUUGUUUUUUAAUAACAAUUUAAAAAGGAAUCAAUUGUAUUUAUUAAUUUUACUUUUAAGAAGGGAAAAUUCUAAUUCAGGUUUGUCACUCGCGGUUAUUAAAUUUAAAGAAACCUAAGAGUUUUGGCGAAGUAGGCUUUUCCCACUAUGACGUCAUUUGCAUGAUUAUUUAGAACAAAUUAAUUGUAAUUUUAAUUCGCAAUAUUAACAACGCACUAAAAGACGCACUAAAAACGAUUGAUGCUUGGGUUUUCCCGAUAAAUUUGAUUGAGGUGUAAUUCUUUGUUCAUGAUUUUUUUUUUUAUGUUUUCAUAACUUUCAAACACAUAAAAUGCUUAAAAUAGUUCCUUAUUUGACACUUUAAAUGUAUUUGUAAUUUAUAAUAAUAAUAUUUAAACUUUUACUACAAUAAAAACGGAUUUAAAAUAUUUUGUGCACAUUUAAAUUUAUUCGAUUUCCGUAAAAUAAUAUAAAAUAACUAUGAUUGUUUUUUAAGAAUCCAAACGUACUUAAAAAGUUCUCACUUUUGGCGUUAUGUGAACCUAGCUCAUUCUUAUAUAUAAGGGGCUAACCAUUUAUUUUUAUUCAUUUUAUGGACCGGUCAAAAAUCCAUAUUUCUUACGGGCAUCUUUCCGGGGGUGGGGUGUCUUUGCCCACCGGAACAAAUCCACAACCUCCCCCCUCCCCCCCAUUUUCCCAACAGAUAUUAAUCCCUAAUUUUAAUUUUUACUAAACAGUUGUGAUAUUUUAAAAUCUUUAAUAAACUUUUUAUAUCUCUAAACUACUUAACUAAUAAAUUUUUUUUUUGAAAAAUUAAGUCGAAAAAGAUGACGGUGUACAGCAUUUGAAUGAAUAUGAAACAAAACUAUAAUAUUAAACUAAUUUUUCCAGUUAAAAUAUAUUUUUUUUUUUUAAAUUUAAACAACUCCCUUUUUUGAGAAAAUUACUCCAUAACGUUGGAGAAUGAUGAGGAAAACUAGACAAGGUAUUUAUAAAAGUGCUUAACGUAAAUUCUGGAUUAGAUCCGUUUGUACUUGAGUGCGUGGUGAUCCGUGACAAGAAAAGAUGAAAAAAAAUAUAUAUUCCCGCUUCCCGGCUUGUGGCUAAAAGUUUGAGACAAGCCCUGGUUGAAUCAUGUGUCACCUUUAAACUCUCAAUGACAAAUCGCCAACACCUAUCCCCAAAUUUUAAUGCAAUAACGAGAUGAUCAUUGAAACAUCAGGCCAGUAGUGUGCAGUUACUUCUAAAAGGACGGCCAACUCUAAGGAGUAAGUUCAUAAUAUUUAUCUCUAACACAAUUUAAUCUAACCAUAUAAUUAUCCAUUUUUUUAAAACGUUGUCCGAUUCUAACCAGAUAGUUUUUUGUUAUUAAAUGACCGUUUCGAUUGUGAGUCAUGUUUUAUUUUAUCACAUAAACCUGUUAUUUUGAACUUUUGCUUUGCAUAAUGUUUGUUUGACGCACGUACGCAUAGCAUCAGUUGACGUGCUUAUCAGGUUCAGCAUCAGUUUUUCCAAUGGGGUUGGUGACACACCUGCGUUUCGUGAAGUUAAACAGAUGCGUCGCUAAAUUUCGAUAUGGGAAAAAAUUUUAAGAGAUCAAGUUCAAAGGUUUCGAACAAAAUUAAUGUAUUUUUUAGUGUUAUUGUAAAUCAAAGUAUCAAAUCGUGGAAAUGGGGGGUUUGGGAAAGGGGGAGGGGUGUUUUGGGAGGGGUUGGGUAACAGUUAAAUAACUGCCCUAAUGGCAAGAUUGAGUUGCCCUAAUGUGGUGAUUCAUGGCGGAGCACUGGAUCUCAUAUACAUACGAAUAUAAUAAAAUGUUUCGUGACUUUAGUGCUGGCUGAAAAUAAAUGUUUAUAAUAUGAUAAUUAACUGCCAAAUACAUUAAUGUAGUGUCUUUAAACAUCCUAUAUAUUAAUUUGGUAUUUAAAAAUCGUUUAAAUUAUAUUUACAUGAUAUUUACCUUCCACAUACAUUAAUAUAACAAGCUAUUUAACUGCUGAAUACAUUAAAAUAAAAUGAUAUUUAACAGCCAUAUAAAUUAAUAUAGCAUUAUAUACCACACCCAGGUAUAACUAUUAUUAACGUAUCCUGCUGUACUAGUCAUCAAUUUACAUUAUGUCUCACUUUUACUCCCAUUGUACAUAAGAAAUAUUGUGUAAAACACCAUAAAUUAUAAAUAACCUGAUAUAUUUUCAAAUUUCAAUAUUUUCUUUUCCAUUUGAAUUUUACCGUCAUUUCAUCUCUGAAUAAUGUCUCCAUUUCUAAAUAAUGUCUUCAUUUCUGAAUAAUGCCUUCAUCUGAAUUAUGCCUGCAUCUAUGAAUAAUGCAUUCAUUUCUGAAUAUUGCUUAUAUCUCUGAAUAAUGCUUUUAUUUCUGAAUAAUGCCUUCAUUUCUGAAUAAUGCCUUCAUCGCUAAAUAAUGUCGUCAUCUCUGAUUAAUGACAUCAUUUCAGCUCUGGAGAAUGCUUUUAUCUUUGAAUACUCUUUGAUAAUAUAUUAUCUUCCCUGUUUAGUUAUGUUAUAUUUUGUAUAAAAUAUUCUUUAAAGAAUUUCUUACAAUCAAGAAAUACCUCCAAAUUUAACUUAAGAAUUUCUUACAAUCAAGAAAUACCUCAAAAUUUAACUUAAGAAUUUCUUUCAAUCAAGAAAUAGCUCAACAUUUAAUUAAAUAAUUUCUCUGAAUCUCCAGGCUUAGCUCAACAUGAAUUACUCACCUCAAAGUCUUGCGCAAUUUGACAACCUCUUGUACCCAACGGUUCUCAUAAGCCUGUUAUCUGCAUUAGUUACAGCUUAUUUCCUUUCUGGCCGUUCUCGCCAACAGCCACCAGGCCCCUGGGUGUUAUUGCCAGGUAUGUUUAUAUAGCUUUAGACUGCAUUAUAUACCAGAGGAGCUCAGGUUUCAAAUUCAGAAACAUGUUGAAGACUAGCUAGAGUACAUCAAAGAUUAUGACUCAGCGCUAUUUAAUUGUUAAAAUAAAUCUAUAAUAAAAGUCCGAAACAAAAAUGAGUCACUUUUUCGGCAAAGGUAUUAGCUAGAUGGGGGUUCGCGCAUGGCUGGUGAAGACAUUUAUUAGUUUGCCAGUGUUUGUCCACCAAACUGCAUUCUCCAGACAAAUUCCUUAAUCUCCUGAAACCAAACACUGGACCGAACGUCGCUAAGAGUGCAGGCAGUCCUGCCUCGCAUACUCGCCCUCGUUCCCAAUCCCAGUUCCCAGUCGUCGUGCAUCUGUGGUACUUGUGAUUUUGCUGUCCAGGGGUAGACAGAAGCGUUACAUGUGAACAAUAUGGGAAAUGGUUCCAUGGUCAAUGCCAAAGCAUCCACAACGUCUAUUACAACCAGCGUGGUUUAAAUUAUGGCUUGCCGUGGCACUGUGCUGUCUGCUGAAGCCCGAAUAGCCAGACUGUGUUUUACCAACAUAGUGGAAGAAUAGAAUCAAACUUCCAAGAUUUAUUGCUAUAUCCCUCGACACCAACGGACCUUCAAAGUUUUAAACCAUCACACUACUCUAAUCCUAUGCGCUGCAAUCAGCAAGACAAAUGGAAACACGGACCAAUGCUCAUACUGAAUGUAAACUUUCAGUCUGCAAGCGGGAAAAGAGCAGAGAUAGCCAAUCUGAUCAACGGCUUAAAACCUGACGUCUUGGGCACAGAAACGUGUCUGAAUACCUCCAAAGCCAACGCAGAGGUUAUACCGGAUAAUCAUAAAUUAUUACGGUGAGAUAGAAGAGACAAAAGGAGGAGCAGUACUUGUCAUCCACGACAGCCUGGACUGUCACGCUGUUCCAGAACUAGAUGUUGAUGACUGCAAGCAGGCCCAACACAGCAGAUGGACCAAGCCUCGGGUGGUUUGAGGUGUCACAUCAGAGAGCAAAACAGUCAAAGAAUCCGUUCUUCAUGUGGGGGGAGGGGUACCUUUCCUGGAUGGAUCUGGCAGAUUUUUGCCCUCAAGCCCAAGUCCUCUACGGUCCUACACUCUGAUAUGAUGGACAUCAUUAACAGCUGGUUAAAGUACCCACACGAGGGCAAACACACUUCACCUACUCCUCCCCAACUGUCCACAUCUUAUUCCAAGAAUUGAGGUCAUCCCCGAGAUAUCAGACCACUGCAUGCCAUAUUGUAAAUUUCAGGUGAGUGCACUAAAAAAAGAAGCAGGUUGUGCGAGACAUUCCCUUUGAUGACAAGGCAGACUGGAAUAGCCUGAGAAGUGCAACGAACGAGCUGAGCUCUCAAAUAUGCAUGAUAUUUAGGUUAGAGCUGUUUAUAAAGUUCAAGACAACAAUUAUUGAUGCAGUGUAGAAAUGCAUAGCACACAAGACCACCAAACCUAAGACAAAUCAGCCAUGGAACGGCUGAAAUCCGUAGGCUCAGACAAAGGAGAAAUCGCCAAUACAAGCGAAUGAUGAUGAAUAGCUUGGUCUAACCUAAAGCCAAAGAACUGCACGGAUCUUGCGGAACAUCCUGAACGGCAUCGUCUCAGAGAAGGACAAUCCGGCCAAGGGUGUCAAGAACAACCGCUUCUGGAGCUACGUCAAGGAUAAAUAAUCAUCAAAAAAUUGCCCCCCCCCUGAGAUUGGAAGGCCUUUGGACGCCUGAACCAAAAGCACAGACAGACAUACUAAAUCAACAGUUCCACUCGGUCUUUGGUGAUGGUAGAGAGGUUGAGUUCCUUCUGAAGACAAAUAUGAUGCGCAGAUGAUGUCAUGCAAUAUAUCCAGAUUUAAGAGCAGGGUGUGCUGGCACUCCUUAAGACCAUUACCUCCUACAAGGCAUGUGGUCCUGGCAACAUCAAUCCACGAGAGCUUAAAGAAUUGGCCAAUGGCAUCGCUCCCUCGCUGACAAUCCUCUUCCAAUCGCCGCUAUGCACGGGGAUUGUUUCCGCCGACUUGAGAAUAGCGCAUCUGCAAAUAAGGGAGCUUUACGACCCUGCAAACUACCGCCAAGUAUCCCUAACCAGCGUGUUAUUAAAACUGGUGGAGCACAUGAUAGUAAGCGCAUUCAUGAAUUCUUUAAAAGGCCACCAUAUACUUAAUGACUGUCAGCAUGGCUUCCUUGUUAAUAUAUCAUAUAGCACACAGCUCCUUGAAUUUGUAGAAGACUGGAAGACCGAUCUGGAGAACAGCGAGCAAAUUGAUGUGCUGGUGAUGGACUUCUCAAAGGCAUUUGACCGUGUCAAUCAUAAUUUGUUAUUACACAAACUUCAGAGGUAUUACAUCCAAGGCACUACCAAAACAUUCAUCUCCAGCUUCCUCGGCAACCAAUGCCAAGCAGUAGUGGUGGACAGUACAAGCUCCUCCUUUGUUGGUGUUCAAUCAUGGUUCCAGGGGAAAACCUCUAGUGUUUGCAACACGCUGGAAAAAUUGUGAUGGUCAUCAUUGGAGAACCGGCGAUGACUAUCCAGGCGUUCCAUGAUGUACAUGAUUGUCCAUUUCUCCAGUAUUAAACAAAAACGUGUCCCUCUCCCCCCUCCCAUUAAACAGGGACGAGGCUAUAACAGGCAUUCUGGCUCAUAAAAUUAAGAAAGUGCAGGAGCUGCUCAUUCCUGCCAAAGACAAUCAAGGACUGGAGCAAGCUUCCAAAACGAACAGUUAAAGCGACUACACUUGACUCAUUUGCGUCUAUUGCAUCAUGUCUUCCAAUCCCAGUUUAUUUAUUUAGGCAUUUUAAAAAAAAAAAAAUUAUAUAGCGCUUACCUUAAAGCUCUAAGCGCUUUACAAUUAUUAAAAACAUGUAAACUAAGUAAAAUAAAAAUGAGACACUAGGAUAGAAACUACUAUACUAUAGAAACAAUUAAAAUGGCUAUAAAACGAGGACACUUUGGCACGUUUUGGCCUAAACUACAGGAACAGCAAAUGAGGCAGGGUAAGGAGGAUGCAUCACAGGUCAUAGGCGGACCUAAACAAAUAGGUUUUAAAGGACUUUUUAAAAGUAGACGAGGUUUCACAAUGACGGAUAUGGAAGGGGAGCUGGUUCCAGAACGUGGGACCAUAGAAGUAGAAGGAGCGUUCACCGAGGGUCUUAGUUUUCGUUCUUGGGAUUGAGAGGGUUCUAUUGUCAGUGGAAGAGCGUAGUUGUCUUGUGGGGAUGUAAGGAAGCAACAGUUCAGAGAGAAAGACAGGAAAGUGAGGGUCAGUGAACGAGUUGAAGCAUAGAUUGGCAGACUUGUAUUUGAUGCGAGAGGAUAUUGGAAGCCAGUGGAGUUGCCACAUGUGUGGUUGAAUGUGGUCAUGUUUUUUUUUAUUUAAAAAAUGAGUUUGCAUGCUGAGUUCUGUGCCUUCUUAAGUUUGUCUCUGUGGUGUUGAGGAAUGCCUGUGAGAAGAGUGUUACAGUAGUCAAUUUUUGAAAGAAUGAAGUUCCUAGUACUAUCGCUGUGUAGCCCUUGCAACCAGUGAAGUAACUUCUUCAAAAUCAUGCAAAGUUACAUCGCGAACCGAUCUACAAACAUGGGAGCCAGAAUGAUUAAUACAUUGAUUGUGGGCUCUCAAAAUGUAGAAAAAGAAGAACGUUACUUUUUAUGUUUUAUAUAAAUCACUUCUGAAAUAGAAGCUAUUGUUGACAUAUCGUUCUUUGAUUUGUAUAUUAUUUGCUAUCUCUUGACCCACUCCACCAAAUUCCUUCUCCUCUUUUAUCAAUUAAUCCCGUAUUGAAAUAGAAAGACAAAAAUGCGUCCACAUUUUUUUUGUAGGUAUCGGACAUCUCUUGAGAUUCGCCAAGGAUCCCGUGGAGCAGCUGAGAACACUAAGAAAACAAUAUGGUGACGUGUUCAAGGUCUACAUGGGGACUAUGCCAGUUGUUUUUAUCAGUGGAUUUGACGUGAUCAAUGGCGUCCUUCAUGACAGAGGGGCCGAGUUCGCCCACCGCCCACCUUCAUUCAUAGCUGAGAAGUUGGUCAGCAAUAAAGGUGACGUAUUUGUAUGUGUAAUUGAACUCUAAAUAUUACAGAUGGAAUAGCUAUAUGACAUAAACUCAGAAUAGUCAGGGUCUCUUCAUGCGUUUGAUGGUUUGGCAUUUUACUAGUACCAAUUGAAUGAACUCAUUAACUCUUUAGUAGAUGAUGGCUCUAAGUUGGUCAGCAAUAAAGGGGACGUAUUUGUAUGUGUAAUUGAACUCUAAAUAUUACAGAUGGAAUAGCUAUAUGACAUAAUCUCAGAAUAGUCAGGGUCUCUUCAUGCGUUUGAUGGUUUGGCAUUUUACUAGUACCAAUUGAAUGAACUCAUUAACUCUUUAGUAGAUGAUGGCUCACUUCAGGGUCUUCAGGAAGUUGUGUGUUUGUUGUUCGUCUUUUACAUGCGACGAUGAUCAAUUAGAUAUUGAAGAUUGAGUGUAAAGGUGGCGAAGGAAAUGAAAGAACUCUAAAUUCGAUGGUCAGUGUGCAAGUUGCUUAUGAGUCUAUUUUUGUUUGGGAGCUUUCCCGCAUGUACGACACACGUGUUAUUGGUGUCCAAUGUGUAUUGCAGGCAAUGCUCAUCUUUUCUCCUCUGCGCUUUCUAUGUGAGUGAGUGGUAUGUUGAAUCUCCGAAGAGUGUGUUCCAAAAGUGUGUCUGCCUGUUGUAAUGUAAAUAAGGAUGCUGGCACUUGAGUUUAAGACAAGUUCUACAGGAUCUCUGAGUUAUUUUUAGACACAUUAAAUCAAAUCCCUUGCUUUUGUGGAAAAAAUUUUUUUGGAAAACUGUAAAGUUAAUGCAUCUAACUGAAAAUUUCCGAAGGUUUUCUUAACACAAGCGGCAACGUUUGGACUGAACAGAAACACAACAUCGCUAGGACAUUGCGGAGCCUGUCUGCCUCUGGUGGACUCUUGGAACAGUACAUCAAGUCAACCGUAAACAAUUUAACAGAUCAUUUACAGUCUGUGAUACAGAAGGGAGAGGGUGGACAAGUGGACUUGACCCCCGUGGUGAGGCGGUCAGUUUGCUCUAUCGCCUUCUCCAUGGCGUACGGUCGUCAGCUUGAUCUGGAUUCUCAGUUGCUGGUCUCGUACACAGACACCCUGGACCAGUUUCUCAGGUAAUCAGGAUAGAAAUUCUUCGAUGUUGUAAGUUUUGAAACUUCCAUGUCCUUGUAAGUUUUGACCCUCACAUGAUUUGGUAAGGUUUCACACGCCAGUGUUUUAAGGUUUGACAAUCCCAAGAUGUUGUAAGGUUUGACACACCCAUGAUUUGUAAGAUUUCACACUCCAUGAUGCUGUUUAGCUGAUACGUCCAUGAUGUUGUAAUAUUUGAAACGCCCAUCAUAAUGUAAGAUUUGGCAAUCACAUGAUGCUGUUGGGUUUCUGUAAAAUGAAUGUGUUAAUUAAAGUUCUAUUUAUUUAAUUUUGUUUUUCCAUUUUAUUAUUUCGGAAAUUUUAUGAUUGAAAAUUAUUUCUUUUUUUAUUUAUUGUUCAACAAAAGAAUGAAAGUGACCAAAAUAGCCUGAGUAUGCAACUUUUUGACCAUGGUGUAAAACUAGUGGACAUGAGAAAGACACCCUUGUUUUAAGACUAGCUCUAUAACAAAUAUUUAGGAAAAACAAAAAUACCCUUUAAAAAUACCUUUAUACCUCCACUAGAAGGCAGGUUUCAAAGUAUGAAAGCGUUAUAAGAGCAAUAGAUUCAUUACGGAAUCAGUUUAAUAUGUCUGAUAAAUAUUUCAUUAUUCUGACCUGAUUAAUGAACUGUAAAGGUCAAGCCAUAACUGAGAGUUGGUAAAGUUCAAUUGAUUAAUUUCCUUCAUAGAAUAACAUUAUAUAUAUUUUUUUUAAAACACAAACAAAUACAUGUUUGUACCUCACAGGUGUCUGAACUUGGCUGUGACGACAUCUUAUUCAUGUUUUUAACAACAAAGGUGUCUGAACCUUGGUGUCAUAAAAACCAAUUCAUGUUUUUACCUUACAGGUGUAUGAAACUGGCUGUCACGACAACAUUCAUCCCUUACAUACAUCUCCUUCCCAAUGACCCAGUAGGGUACAGGAAAUGUAAACAGUUGGCAGUUGUCAUUGAGAUGGACUUUGUAAGGCCAGAGCUGGAGAGACUCGCCCAGGUAUAUUACACCUAACAUCUUAAAGUAGAAAAACAAAGAUUCUAAACUGUGCAAUGCCAUCACAUCGAUCGAAUUUUUCUUCAGCAUCCAACACAGUGGACUGAGGUUUGAACACAACCACAGUGGAUUGAUGUUCCAAGUCAACCACAGUAAAUUGAUUCUUGAACAAAACCAAAGAUGAUGGAUGUUUCAACUCAACCACAGUGAAAUGAUGUUUGAACACAACCACAGUGGAUGGAUGUUCCAACUCAACCUCAGUGAAAUGAUGUUUGAACACAACCACAGGGGAUUGAUGUUCCAAGUCAACCACGGGGGAUGGAUGCUUGAACACAACCACGGUGGUUAGUUUUUAUAACGCAACCACAGUGGAUCGAUUUUUUAACACGAUGCCCCGAUCAGGCGGAAAAAAAAACACAACAAUUUCAUCAAUUUAAAAUCGAAAACGUAAUUCAUUAAGAAUAUUAAUUUAGUUAAAUUUUGUAUAAAGAAAUUUCGUUUUUGACAUUGAACUCAAGUACUUUUUCUAUUUGGUAAAUAAACUAAAGUCAGUCUACUCUUCAUUUGCUCGUCAAUAGUUAACAAGUACAUCUGAACUUGCGUUCCUAUUCAAAACUCGACUGGUGAAGAAAAUAGAGUUCACUUCUUCAUUGUGGUUUUAAAAUUUUAUCACAUUUGCUUGAACUAUUUUAAACUAUAAGGCUAAUAUAGUAUGACGUAGUUGAAUCAUUUAUUGUCAGAUCCACCGAGAAGCUCAAAUGACGUGUGAGAAGAAGACGGGAGAAACUAUUACGACGGCUCCCACUUUAUGUUAUGCUGGGGCUUACAUGGACGAGAUGAACGAAAAAAUCCGGAAUAACAUCCCCACGAUGAUGUCUGGUAAACGAUAACAUUUGAAGUGGGGUGGGAUGUCUGGUAAACCAUAACAUUUGAAGUGGGGUGGGAUAAGGGGUAAAGAAUAAAAUUUGAAGUGGGUGAGAUUUUUGGUAAACAUUAACAUUCGAAGUGUGCGUGGGAUGUCUAGUAAACAAUAACAUUUGAAGCAGGUGGGAUUUUUGGUAAACAUUAACAUUCGAAGUGUGCGUGGGAUGUCUAGUAAACAAUAACAUUUGUAGCAGGGGGGAUUUUUGGUAAACAUUAACAUUCGAAGUGUGCAUGGGAUGUCUAGUAAACAAUAACAUUGGAAGUAGGUGGGAUUUCUGGUAAACAUUAACAUUCGAAGUGUGCGUGGGAUGUCUAGUAAACAAUAACAUUGGAAGAAGGUGGGGUUUCUGGUAAACAUUAAAAUUCGAAGUGUGCGUAAUAUGUCUAGUAAUCAAUAACAUUUGAAGUAGGUGGUAUUUCUGAUAAACAUUAACAUUUGAAGUGUGUGGGAUGUCUAGUAAACAAUAACAUUUGAAGUAGGUGGUAUUUCUGAUAAACAUUAACAUUUGAAGUGUGUGGGAUGUCUAGUAAACAAUAACAUUGGAAGUAAGUGGGGUUUCUGGUAAACAUUAACAUUCGAAGUGUGCGUGGGAUGUCUAGUAAACAAUAACAUUUGAAGUGGUUUUGAUGUCUGGUAAACAAUAACAAUUCAAAGGGUGGGAUUCGCCUAAGUACAGUAGCUCUCUGUAUUGUGACAGCAGCAGACUGUAAUUAUUUCCUUUAAACUUAAAUUUCAAAAGGCCAAACAUUUAAAAACAAUUUAAAGAGAGUUUAGAAAAGUAUGCAGUGGGAAUCUAAUAUCUAUACCAGAGUAUCCUGUUUAUAAAUCUAUUUUGUGUUAAAUUGAAAGUGUCCAAAUUUCAGAUUUGUGGGAUCACCUUUGUCCACUUCUUAACCAUUGCACACACAAAAAUGACUUCAUUAUUGCCUUUACACAGAAGCCAAGAAAUAAAUCUCUGCUUGAACAAUAUGUGUCUAAAGGCGUGUAAGAAUAUAAUAAAACAAUGAAAAAUAAUCAAACAUAUGAAUUAGAGAUCACCUUUAUAGCAUUCAUCAAAUAUAAUAUGAGCUAGAGAUCACCUUUAUAGCAUUCAUCAAAUAUAAUAUGAGCUAGAGAUCACCUUUAUAGCAUUCAUCAAAUAUAAUAUGAGCUAGAGAUCACCUUUAUAGCAUUCAUCAAAUAUAAUAUGAGCUAGAGAUCACCUUUAUAGCAUUCAUCAAAUAUUAUAUGAGCUAGAGAUCAUCUUUGCAACAUUAAUCAAACAUCAUAGUACAUGAGUUGCGGGUCAUCUGUUUGACAUGACUCAAACACAAUACUAUAUGAAUUAGAGAACAUCUUUAUGUUACUAAGACCACAUAUUCUGGUUAAUUUUUGAGCUUACGCUCUUAAAACCCCGGCUCGUACAUUGUCCACUCCAUCUGCUGGACUGUACCAUACAACAUUGUGCUAACGUAGGACUCUACCACCGCCUUCCCCCGAACCUUAUGAUGUUGGGCAUUCAGUCACAGAUGGGUUAGAGUUUCUUUAUCUUACGAAAGGUCAUGAAGUUAUGACAAAUUUACAUUCCCCACAUUAGAUAAACUAAGAAUUGGGAAAUAAAAUAUGACGUUGAUGAUCAUUAAGCAGAUACCGAAUUGUAAGGACAUCGUAUCAGAUGUUGUAACCGGAUACAUUGUACGUUUCGAUAGGAAAUGAUUCCCCACGCACUGUCACUUGGCAUAAUUGAUUAGAUGGUGUGUCCUUCUAGUGCCAAGUCGGAAACAUGAAGAUGAUGUGUCCGCCUAGUGCCAUGUCAGCAACAUGAAGAUGGUGUGUCCGCCUAGUCACAUGUCGGCAACAUGAAGAUGGUGUGUCCGCCUAGUGCCAUGUCGGCAACAUGAAGAUGGUGUGUCCACCGAGUGCCAUGUCGGCAACAUGAAGAUGGUGUGUCCGCCUAGUGACAUGGCGGCAACAUGAAGAUGGUGUGUCCGCCUAGUGCCAUGUCGGCAACAUGAAGAUGGUGUGUCCGCCUAGUGCCAUGUCGGCAACAUGAAGAUGGUGUGUCCACCUAGUGCCGUGUCGGCAACAUGAAGAUGGUGUGUCCACCUAGUGCCGUGUCGGCAACAUGAACAUGGUGCGUCCACCUAGUGCCGUGAUGAAGAUGGUGUGUCCGCCUAGUCACAAGUCGGCAAUAUGAAGAUGGUGUGUCCGCCUAGUGCCAUGUCGGCAACAUGAAGAUGGUGUGUCCACCUAGUGCCAUGUCGGCAACAUGAAGAUGGUGUGUCCACCUAGUGCCGUGUCGGCAACAUGAAGAUGGUGUGUCCACCUAGUGCCGUGUCGGCAACAUGAACAUGGUGCGUCCACCUAGUGCCGUGUCGGCAACAUGAAGAUGGUGUGUCCACCUAGUGCCGUGUCGGCAACAUGAAGAUGGUGUGUCCGCCUAGUGCCAUGUCGGCAACAUGAAGAUGGUGUGUCCACCUAGUGCCGUGUCGGCAACAUGAAGAUGGUGUGUCCGCCUGGUGCCGUGUCGGCAACAUUUUUUGGAAACACCAUUAAUUUUUUUCUUUUUCACUUUUCAAAGCUGAAAUCUGGUGGCGAGUACUUAAAUAAUUAUAAAGAUUAGUUUGCUAUUUUUUAAUGUAGUUAUGAAAAGAGUCGCACUUGUUCAUUCAUUGAGCCAUAUGUGGCCCUUGAUGCUCAAGAUCCAGAUCGUUGGUCUAGUUUAUAAAGCAUAUUUCUUUUUUAUCUUUUUUUAAAAAACGUUGUACGUUCCAUGCAUCCUGGUUCAAUCAACACAUGUAUUCUACACCGCACAAUUUAGAGAAUUUUUUAAAAAAAUUUUCGAUCAAAUAAUAUAUUUUUCCAUAGAGGAACAUCUUCCAAAAACUGUCUCAGACGUCAUUAUGGGAAGUUUCGAUACUAUAACGACGACGAUACAAUGGUUUUUAAUCUACAUGACACACCAUCUGGACGUUCAGAAGAAAUGCAGACAGGAGAUUCACAAGUUUAUGGGUGAAGAUGGCUGCGAUGUUUCAGAUAUAGACCGUUCCAAACUGGCAUACACACAGGCAACGAUCAUGGAAGUACAGAGGGUGGCAAACAUAGGUGAGGAUGUCACAUUUGAUUAUUGGGUGUCAAACAUAGGAGAAUAUGUCACAUUUGAUGAUUGAGUAGCCAACAAAGGUGAGUAUGUGGCAGGUUUUGAUUGGGUGGGGAACAUAGGUAUGUCGCAGUUAAUGAUUGGGUGGCGAAUAUAGGUGAGUAUGUCACAUUUGAUUAUUGGGUGUCGAACAUAGGUGAGUAUGUCACAUUUGAUGAUUGAAAAGCGAAUAUAGGAGAGUAUGUCAGAGUUGAUUAUUAGGUGGCCAACAUAAGAGAGUAUGUCAGAGUUGAUCAUUGGGUUGCUAACAUAGGAGAGUAUGUCAGAGUUGAUGAAUGGGUGGCCAACAUAGGUAAGAGUGUCACAGUUGAUGAUUGAACAUUCCAUACCAAAAUUGUGGAUGGAGAACGUCUUAUAUUAAUGUAUAUGUUUGCAAUCUUGUUGAAUCGAUGUGUACGCAACGGUGCAGGCAUUUGACUUAAUUGGUGUUGCGAUAAAUGAAAGAAAAACAUAAGUCAAAUUUGUGAUUUGACGAUGGAGCAUAUUUGAUAUAAUAAAAACCACAUUUCUAAAGCAAUAAUUCCGUUUCUGAAAUCCUCAGGCCCCAUGCCCCCCUGCCACACGUCUGACAAGGACACACACAUCAACGGUUACUUCAUCCCCAAGAACACGGCCAUCAUGACCAACAUGGAUUCUCUGAUGAUGGGACCGGAAGUGGGAGACGAUCCAACAGAGUUCAGACCAGAACGAUUUCUGACUGAAGACGGGAGGCCAUUUUAUCCUAAAUGGUUCUUGCCUUUUUCAACUGGUUAGUUAGUUUUUCUUUCAAUAUUUUUUGUCUAAAACUUUUACAAUGACAAUAAUUAAUUGUAAUUAAAUAAUGAAUGUAACCUUUCAAAAUGAAUCCGUUUGCUUAUAAUAAUCAUUGAAGCUAAUUUAAUGAUGAUUUUUUUUUUAAUUUAAGCCCUAAAAUUACCAUAUAUAGACAUUUAAAGUUAGAUAACACAACAAACAAAGUACUUGCUCACAAUGCCAUUUCUGUUUUGAGCCACCUAUCAAAGAAAUUUGACCUGCACCUAUUUAUCCCAUCUAAAUGAUAGAGCAAUAUUCUGCAUUUGUGGAUCUUGUAUCUAAUUUAAACCACUUCAAAAAAAUAGUGAACCGUCGACUGUUAGCUGAUUGUGCCCUUCCCUGUGGACCCCCACGCCCUUCCCUGUGGACCCCCACACCCUUCCCUGUGGACCUCCACACACUUUCCUGUGGACCCCCACACAGUUCCCUGUGGACCCCCACAAUCUUCCCUGUGGACCCCUACACCCUUCUCUGUAGACACCCUACACCCUUCUCUGUGGACCCCCUACACCCUUCUCUGUGGACCCCCUACACCCUUCUCUGUGGACCCCCUACACCAUUCUCUGUGGACCCCUACACCCUUCUCUGUAGACCCCCUACACCCUUCUCUGAAGACCCCUUACACCCUUCUCUGUGGACCCCCACACAGUUCCCUGUGGACCCCUACACCCUUCUCUGUAGACCCCCUACACCCUUCCCUGUGGACCCCUACACCCUUCUCUGUAGACCCCCUACACCCUUCUCUGUGGACCCCUACACCCUUCUCUGUGGACCCCCUACACCCUUCCCUGUGGACCCCUACACCCUUCUCUGUAGACCCGCUACACCCUUCUCUGUAGACCCCCUACACCCUUCUCUGUGGACCCCUACACCCUUCUCUGUGGACCCCUACACACUUCUCUGUAGACCCCCUACACCCUCUCCGUAGACCCCCUACACCCUUCUCUGUGGACCCCCACACAGUUCCCUGUGGACCCCUACACCCUUCUCUGUAGACCCCCUACACCCUUCUCUGUAGACCCCCUACACCCUUCCCUGUGGACCCCCACACCCAGCCAAAAGGCGAAUAUCGGAUCCCGAAACAGCCCGCCUGGAGCACUCGGCCGCUGUGAUAGCACCCGCCCGCUGGCCACUCGAUUGACGAGCCAAGUGAGGGGGGAGGGCUUUAAACUAGGAGCACAUGGCCGGUUUUGUAGUGAGGCUCCUACAGUAGCAGCAAACAAACUUCCAUAAUUAUUGGAGGUUACAUUAACGAUCUUAAAUCGUUCCUCCCCAUCCCGGGGUGGCGUCAGGCGCCCUCUCAUAGGUCUUUCUACAUAUGUAUAUUGUAUCAAAUUGUUUAUUUAGAUUACACAAUCUCAGAACUAAUAAAUGCUAUUUUCGUUAAGGGAUGAUUUACUUCAAUUUUUUUUUAAAAGUGUAAAGAGAGCAGACCUUCCGCCCCUCCAAAUUUUUCCACCUCUCCUACCCCCACCUAUUUUACCCCCACCCUUCCCACCCUUCCCACCCCAAUUCGUCUAUUCAAACUCUGCACUAUGGCCCCUAAUGCUUUCUAAGAUGUUAAUUAUCUUUUUCCAAGAGGCUUCCCCUUCAGAUUCCACGUUUCUUUCUGAACCGCGCUUAAGCAACGAGCCAUGGCUGAAUGAAUCUGACACUGGUAAAGCCAGCAGAUAAAAUAAACACUGGGCUCAUUCGGCCCGGGUAGCAAGCGUUGAAAUAAAAGAAUGAUAAAUCCAUUCAAGUAAAUCUCUUUGUCAUGUCAUGUUUUUUAUUCCCCCAGGUAAAAGAAUGUGCCCCGGAGUCAGUGUGGCCAAGAAAGAAUUGCUAGGAUUCGUUGUGGGUCUCUUGUCCAGGUUUCAAUUUUGCGCCCCGCUGGUAGAUGGGAACGAGGAGCUACCUUCAUUAGAGGGGGUUUAUGGUCUGACAAAGGCGCCCCAACCAUUCAAGCUCUGUAUUCAGUCUGUGUAGCGCGAUGGCGGGUUCGGACAUGUUUGUUAUUAAAUUUAUUUAAGGCCAAAGUUUGUACAGCAAUGUUAUACAUCAAAUUUUAGCUCUUACGGUCAUUGGAGAGAUGUUGGCUCCUAAAGUAUAUCAAUCGGGUACCGGUUUCCACACGUGAAAUUGGUAAAAAUUUUCGUAAAGGGAAUCAAUGACAGAAACAUGAAUGUUAUCGUUUUAUAAUUGCACUUUGUCAACUUAAACAAACUCGGUUCACGAAUGUGUUUCAUGUAUUCAUAGUAUGUAUCAAUAUUAUGUAUUUAUAUUAUGUAUUUAUAUUCUUACCGCUUAGUUCUUGCAAAGGAACGUUAGAGAAAGUUAACUUUCAUUUUACUAUACGUGUUUUACUCGAAUAUCCUGGCAAAAGAAGAUAAAAAAUCCAUUGUGUCUUAUUAAGGUAAUCAUUUGACUUGUGGAUACAUAAAACUAUUUCAUCGCCAAAUUUAAAUGUCUUUAUCUAAUUGCAAACCUCAAGCAUUACCAACAACAUUAGCAAUGCGCUGACUCAUUCUUAUUUCAUGAACGUAUUCCCAACGAUACGCUUGCUGAAUUAAAAAAAAAAAAAAACUGCUUUGCUAUAGUACACAAACAUACAGGCAAUGUGAAUCCUAAGAAUAAAUAUAUACUUUAUGUACACUCUAGCAUAUAGCAUCACCGUUUCAGUUUGUUUCGUGUGAUUAUUCAGUCCCAACCAAUUUUGCAUUUUGCUUCUAGCUAAUAUGCACUACCUUAUUCACUAUUCUCCUUUCCCAGAAUGUUUAGCUUGAUUUAGCUACUUUCCUUCUUACCUUUCAAUUUUUCAGGUAACUUGAUUUGAAGCCAAGCUUCUUUUUCACUUGUAAAAUCCUUGAUAUUAACUUCGCUUGUCUGUGCGUCUGUGUGUUUCUUUCUACCUUUCUUUCUUUGCAGCGGCAAAAUUUUCGGAAGGUUAACUGACCCACUUACCGUCAUCCUAUCAAGCCAAAACUUGGCACAUAGACUAGAUGCCCGUGUCAACACAUUUGAUCGAUUUUUUUAAACACAGCAGUAACUGAUUUUUAGAAUGGGUUUACAUUUUAACCAUUCCCAUACCAAAUAUCAGUUGCUACACUCACAUAAAUAAUAAAUCACGUACGAUUACACAAAUGCAAACAAAAAUACGUAAUGGAGGAUUUAUAAGAGAAACUUGGGUUGUUAAGGGGUUGUUUAAGUUUCGUUUCGUUGUGCUCCCACUAGAUGGCUUCUGUUUACACAGCUGUUACGCUGUCUCCACAUCAUUUAGUGGUCUCCUUUGAGGAUGAAGCGUCUUUUUGAAAUGAACUUUAUUAUUAUUAUUAUUAUCAGUGAUAAUUUCCAGAGUUUAUAAAGGCUGUCUCAAAAUACACUCCUUGCAAUCUUAAUUAAAUCAAUAAUUGAAUCCAUUCACUUUUGAAACACGAUACUUUCCAUCAAAUCUCCAUUAGUGGUAUAUGGUCUUUUGACCAGACCCCGUCUAUGCAAUUUUAAUGCCCCUCGUUAUUAAAAAGACCAUCCAAUAUCCAUUUCUGUUUUAAUUCUUAUAUUGUCAAAAACGAUCUAUAAAGAACAUGUACAUAUCAAAUAUUUAAUAAAGUUUCAUUGUAUUAAAUGUUUAAAUUAGUUUAAAUAUAACCAAUAAUGUGUUUUGUGUAUUAAUGUGAAUAAUUAAUAUUUUAACAAUACAUUGGGUGAAAUAAUAAUCCUUUGAUUUGAAAGCUGACAUUUUAAGUUAUGACGAACUCUGCUAUUAGAGGAAAAAAUAAUAUAUUAUUUCAUAAUAGUCUCUACAUUUAUAUUUGAUCAAAAUGUAUAGUGAACGUCUUUUUAAAAAUGCUUUUUAAAUUAAUAAACUGUAAAUUAACAAGUUACAUUUCCUGAUAAUUCCAUAUUUAAAAAAAAAAAAAUUGAAAAACUCCACAAAGUUAUUUUUGCACGUUACAAAACGUCGAUGCUUUUCAUUGGAUUCCUGUUAAAAAUAUAUUUCUAUAGGAAAGUUGAAUAAAAAAAAAAUAUGUUCAAGAAUAUUGCAUAGAGUAUUUGGCAGGAUCUGAAUAUCGACACGUAAAGGCAGGAAAACUUGAUGUUUUAAAGUAAUUGUUUGUCUUGUUUAUGACUUGUUUUAUGUGUGUGCCCUGUUUAUUUUCGCGUCCAUUUUAUAUGGAUAUUUUGUAUAUAUGUAGUUGUGCCUUGUUCAUGUAUGUGUUAACAGUUAGAUUGACUUGUUGCUGAUGUGUGACCUGUUGUUAUAUGGACUUGUCAUAUACGUGUAUGUGUGUCCUGUUUAUGUAUAUGUCAAUAGUUAUAUGUAAUUUUUUAUAUAGUUUCAUGUGUGCGUUGUUAUGCAUGUGUCAAAAAUUAUGUAAACAUUUUAAAUAUUUGUCUGUACCCCCUGUUUAUAUAUGUGCCAAUGAUUAUGCGAACUCGUUAUGCCCCCCCCUCGUGAUCAUUAUGUGUAUCCAUGAGAUAUUUUUAAAGCUUGUUUUAAAAUGAUUUUAAAAUAAAAGAUGUGAAGCC